GAACGGAUCACAGUGACGCUCUGCCUCUCGCGCCUGCCGCAGCCUAAUGAACCUCGCCUCUUGCUGCGGUCUCACAACAAAACAAAAGGCCUUAAAAUCAGCGACAUAUGUUAAGCAACGAUAGAUCACCUCAACCAGAAUGACGGAGACCACCAAAACGCAUGUCAUUUUGCUGUCAUGCGGAAGUUUCAACCCCAUCACGAAGGGACACAUCCAUAUGUUUGAAAAAGCCAGAGAGUACCUACACAAGACCGGGCGAUUCAUUGUGAUCGGGGGUAUCAUCUCACCAGUACAUGAUUCCUAUGGCAAACCGGGCCUUGUCUCAAGCAGACAUCGUCUCACCAUGUGUCAGCUGGCAGUUCAGUCUUCUGAUUGGAUCAGAGUGGAUCCUUGGGAGUGCUACCAGGAGACCUGGCAGACCACUUGCAGCGUUUUGGAGCAUCACAGAGACCUAAUGAAGAGAGUCACGGGGUGCAUUCUGUCCAACGUCAACACACCUUCCACAACCCCUGUGAUUGGCCAGCCCCAGAAUGAAACCUCUACCAUUUACCAAAACACCGCUAACAAGUCUGUGGCUAUUAAGCUUUGGGGAAAGAUGAGCGAAAGCCUGGGCAAAAUUUGCUGUGUUCGCCCCCACAUGGAGCGUUUUACCUUUGUUGACGAAAAUGCCAACCUUGGUACUGCAAUGCGUUACGAGGAAAUUGAGUUGCGUAUCCUGCUCCUUUGUGGCAGCGAUCUUCUGGAAUCUUUCUGCAUCCCUGGCUUGUGGAACGAAAGUGAUAUGGAAGUGAUUGUGGGGGAUUUCGGGAUAGUGGUGGUUCCUCGGGAUGGAGCUGACACAGAAAGGAUAAUGAACCAUUCAUCUGUGCUCCGAAAGCAUAAGGACAAUAUAAUCGUGGUGAAGGAUGAAAUCGACCACCCGAUGUCAGUCGUCAGUUCCACCAAGAGCAGACUGGCUCUUCAGCACGGCGACGGUCACGUGGUGGAUUACCUGAGCCAGCCCGUCAUCGACUACAUCCUGCAGAGUCAACUCUACAUCAACGCUUCUGGAUAGGCCGGAGAAGAAGUCCACUUCCGAGCCGUCAGUCAUCCCUGUCUGUCUCUCUGUGUGUAAUCUAGAGUAUAAUCCUCCUGUGCUACCACUGCUUUUCCAUGUAGAGGAGCAUUAAUCUGUCCUCCCCUCUUACUCGUGUCUCAUUGGGAUGUACAGCACUGUGCCUGAGGGAUCUGCUCCACCAAUCAGCUUUAAGGGACUGGGUGGGCUUUGGUGCCCAAUAGGAGGAAGAGGAGAGAGCCUCGCUGCCACUAUGACAGAGAAAGAGAGCGUUUUUCGAUUGAAUUAGAUGAUUCAUUUGCCUGCUAUACUGUCGGUCUUUGCUGUUGAUUUAAUACUCUCUGUUCUCGUAGUUGCAUGCCUAAGGGUUUUCUUUCAGCGCAUGAGUGUUUAAAACACCACGUAGACCGUAGUCUGUGGUUGCAGUGUUUGCAAAAAAAACUGUGCUUAGACUCAUCUCAUCUCUGAACACAUUUUCUACUCACCAUUCAACUGUAUGUACAGAGAACAUCUCAUAUACUGUAUUAUGCCUCAAUGUUUUGUCUUCAAUGUGCAUUCAUGUAUACGCGGAGUAUUUGGUUGCACAUUAAAGAAUGCGAUUUCAUUUACUUUGCUUUCGUGCACAUUUACUUCUCCACAGCUGCUUUCGCUCGACAUUAACCUGCUAACGUCCCACGGAUGUGACGUCUAGUAAAGCCGGUCACUGCCUGUGCAUCAGACCAUUCGUUUCAGGAUGAGAUUCCUUGCACUUUCGCUCGUUUUGUGGAGAGAUCGCCAAAAGAGACGACAGAAGUCUUCGCUUUUAAACUAUUUUUAAAAGGUGGAACAUCCUUUGAAUGAUUCAGUUAUGAUUUGAGCUGACAUGAAAUGUCAACCUGCUACACACCUAACACAACCUUUAUAAAUGAGUCAAAGUGUAUUUGAUGAGAAGAAUAACAGAUUUAGCCAAUUAUGUAUAUUAUGCAUAAUUGAUUUCGCGAGUUGAAGACUUUACGAUAUGAAGAAGACUUCAGUAUUACUGUGAUCAUUGUUUUUUCAUAGAACGUUUUAAGUCUCAGGUAAAAAAUGGUUUGAUUUUGAUCAUUUUAACCGGAGACUUUUCAUAAAUGAAACUAGAACGGUAAUCUUAAAAAAUGUGAAGCUUAUUCAAAUACUGAAAUUGUAACUUUAUUAGAUAUUCCUUAUGUAACACGUCGUACCCAGCGUUGGUCGGUCGGUUGAGUUCAUUGUCACAUACAUUAAAAGACUAAUGUAACACCCCCAUUUAAUUUUUUUAAUUAUGCUUCUCUAAUAUACAGAGAAUUAUUAAACACACACUGAUACCUCACUGUUUGUAUCAACAUAAAUUCAUGAUUAUUUUUUUCAUUUUCAUUGAGCAGUCACUAUAGCAACUAGUAUGUCGGAGAUCACUAGGACACAGUUUUCUCUCAAUGUAAAAAAAUAGUGGGAAACAUAUUUUUUCAUGGUUUUGGCAUGCUUCUGUAGCUCAGCAAUCUUCACUGCUUCCUUCAUGCCUUCAUUCAAAACCACAAGCGACGAAAAUAGAUAUUGUUGAUGAUAUUGUUUGUUUCUUGUAUUUUUAUUGCCCUCUUGCUUUUAAAUUAAAUCUCACUGUAUACAUAUAAAACACCGUGCAACAUUAUAAGGUUCUGUUUCUUAAGAUGCUAAAACUGUAGAUCUUAAUUUUAGGCGUCGAUAUUAUUAAUUUUUUUUUUAGUUAGUUGUCUAAGGUGUAAAGCAUGUGUAAGUGUGUCUGCGUAAUGUCAUAUGAAUAUAUUUCUACUUUAUAGUGGCUAUUCGAUAAGCAUUCAAAAACUCAAAACGUAUGUUGCCAUGAAAAUAACUAGUGUCCUUGAUGACGAUACUGAAUUUAAUAAAACAAAACAACACAAAAGAA